AUGUCGACGCUGCAGGAGCAGAAGAAGCUGAUCCUGCCAUUCCUGCAGAGAGCCUCUGAGGUGGCACGGGCAGAGCCCAAGAUCGCUUACUACUGUCGCCUCUAUGCGGUGUCUCAGGCCGUGAGCCUGGGGGUGAGCAACCUGGUACCCGACAUCAAGGACCUGCUCAACACCCUGCUCGCCAGCCUGGAGCAUGACAAGAAGGCCCUGGAGCUGGGGCCUGACGACGCCAUCCUGUGCGAGACCUUUGCCCUGACCGUGUUUGGGCGUGCGGACCGCGCGGACCGGGUGGGCCAGGCGGACAAGAACACCGCGCUCACCUACUACGCGGCCAGCAUCUUCAUGGAGAUCAUCAACCAGUUCGGCGAGCUGGCCCCGGAGACCCUGCUCAAGCAGCGAUUCGCUGCCUGGCGCGCGGCAGAGAUCCGGCGGGCACUGGCGGAGGGCCGAGUGCCGGACCCGCCGCCCUCGGCCGCCCAGGCCCCCGUUACCGAGGAGGACGAGGCCCUGCUGGCCUCCCUGACCAGCAUGCCCAGCGUGCCGCAGGGUGGUGCUGAGCCCGAGGCCAAGAAUGAGUUGUCCUCGCAGCUGGAUGACUUCCCGGUGCCCCCGCGCCACGACGCCGGAGAACUGGGCGGCCAGGCCCGCCCCAUCUCGGGCAUGGUGUGGACGCCGCCGCCGCCUCGCGCCUUUUACACCUUCCAGAAGGUCCUCUUCUGCCCCGAGGGCGCCUCGGCGCCGGCCAAGGGGACGGUGGCGCGCGUGUCGCCCGCCACGUCCGCCCAGGUACCCGCAAAGUACUUUGUGGCCCUCGCAGGCAGCAUCGAGGCCUGCGGGGCUGAGGCCCUGGUCCCAGACCUGGCCACCGGAGAGAAUGUGCUGGUGCACACCCCAGGGGGAGUGACGAUGGACGCCACCGUCGCGGCGGUGGACUCCUCACGCUGGCCGCCAUCGUAUGCCGUGCGCCUGGCGGACGGUACCUACUCCACCACCAGCAUCGAGAGGAUUGAGGCACUCGGGACAGGACCCCCGGGCAUGCCUGGCGACGGCGAGGAGGAGCUGGAGGGGCUGAAAGGCGAGGGAGCCUCGGAUAGGUUGACCAAGACGGCCACGAGCGCUCUGUCCUUUGAGGACGUGCGGACGGCGGUCAGGUACCUCAACGACGCCCUGCGGCUGCUGACGCAACCAUGA